ACAAAAAAUAAAAAUGACAUUCCAUAAAAAUGCAAUAAUCACAAAAUGUUUACAUCUGCCUUCUUUGAAGAACUACUCUCACAAAUCAAGUUUUUGGCUUCAAAGGCUAUUCUAAAUUAUGUAGGGUGUCAAUUAGCAAGACUAGUAAUAGUAAAUCUAAAAAAUAUUAACCUCCUAAGUUGAUAACAGUCAAAAUGACUUUCACAACCACCCAACACAAUGACUACCAGUGGCCGUUUCCUAAGCCAAUAGUGGGCAAGCCAUGCGAGCCGCCAGUGCCGGGCGGUGGCCCGGCGCCCCGGCAGGCCCCCGUGGCGCCCUACUGCCACUGCGACGCGCACGCCUACUCGCCUCGCGUCGACCAGUACGCUCUACUGCUGGAGAAGGAACAGAGGCUGUGUGAGGAAUAUAAGCAGUUGAAUAAACAGAUGGUCGACGUGACUAAUGACAUCCUGGACCAUCCUUGCGAUGAUCUCGACACGAAGAUGAUGACAAUUUAUCAAACUUCGUACAAGAAAAGAUCAUUCCCUCUGCCAACAUACCGCGCGAUCGCGGCAGCGGCGCAGUCCACCGCGCCCAUACCUGUGGAGAGCCAUCGCCUGGGCAUCCUGCGCUGCUACAAGGACCCUACACACUUCGAGCUGCAGCCUCCUAAGGUCCGCCCAACGAUCCACCCGCCGUCCCCGAUCCACACGGGCGUCACGCCGCUCGGGCUGCAGAUCUGGUUCACGGCGUAUCCUGGUCGCUCGGAGUACACUGACGCUUACAGCGCCACGGCCAAGGCUUGCUGGAGGUCCAUGCAGAGGUACAAGGAGCCUCUGCCCUCGACUAGGAGACGGCCUGAUGAUACUUGCUACUGAUGUGAUGUUGUUGAAAAUGGAAAUAAAAAUUGCAUAUGGAA